AUGUUUGGUGUACCUGGAACAGGGGCUUCAGUGGAAACAGUGGGAGAGGAGGAUAAGGCUGCACAAGGAGGUUGGGACCAGAUCUUUGAAAGGCCUUAUAAGGGCCUUCAACUCACAGGCAACAAGAAACCAUUAAAGGAUUUUGAGCAGAAGUGUGACAUGAUCAGAUGUGUGUCAAGGGAAUUCUCUGGCAGUCUAGUGGUUAGGACUCUGAGCUUUCACUACGGUGGGAAAGGUGAGUGGUUCAGUCAAAGGGGAAAAAAAAAAAAAGAUAGGUAUCAGAUCCAACAUGGUCAGUUACGAAAGAAGACAUGGAAACAGAAAAUCUAG